AGCCUACAAUUUGGGCAAAAAUGACGCGAGUGGCGCAACGUUUUCCAGCGGUCGUGUUCGCGUUUCCGUCGUCUUAAUCCUUUUAAUCAGCGGGUACCACUCAUAAAUUUCGUUGUCGCUGAGCUAGUGUGCCCUCUAGCAUCCCCGGCGCCCGACCAACCGACCGACCGGGCCGUUAUCAAAGCUAUCGGCAGGCGGCAAUUAAGCGGUACCGACCGAAACUGAAGGGAAAGGUAAAAUAUCGGUUGCCAAAACCAGGUGAUAAGGCAGGAGAGUCAAUCGAAGCAGAAAAAAGGUCUUGGAACAAGAAAAGAGAGUCGAAAAACACAAAAACGUUGGUCCAAUAGCAAGGGGUCGAAAGCAUAGAAUCGACUAAACAGUACAAGUUUUACUGUAGCAAGUGUCGAGUUACGGGGUUGCUUGCAGGGCUGCUCCAUCCGGAAUUGUUUGUUUUAUUGCCCCUGCGGUGUGCCCAUGCGGUAUGCAGCAGUAGCUGCAUAGACAGCGAACCGAUUGUAGUUGCGUUGGGGCACAAAGUGUGUGUUUUAUCGUUUCGCAAAACGGCAGCGGGAAAGAGCAUCAAGGAAAUCACGGCGAGUGGAGUACACACAGGUUGAAAUAAAUAAUUGUGAAGGAUAAUCGAUUGGUUGGAACGUUCGUGAGGGUUUUCCCUUCGAGACAGUUGCGGUUCGCAAGUGUGUACGGCGUGCAUCGUGAAUGCAAAUCGUCUCGAAUCAUAGCUGGCCGUGGUAAACAGGAUUCAUACGAGCUAUCACACCUCCCCUCUUCGACCCAUACCGACAUACCCCACCAGCGCACCCUUGGCAAGCGUGAAAGAGAGGUUAGGUUAGUGCAUGUGAAAGGGAUAUCCUCACUGCAUUGGUGUGUGCGUGUGUGCCUGUGUGCGCGCCACAUUUCCUUUUCGCAAAAGGUGCUGUUAAUAUUAGGUAAUUUACGCAACAAUUUUUACCGUGCUGGAAUCAUAGUGCAUCCUUGCUGGAGGAGUGUGUUUGUGUUCGUGUUUGUGCCCAAGUUCAAAUACUGCUAAUAGCUGCGGAGCCAUGUCCUUCGGUGGUGUUUUCGGGCAGCAGUGGUGAGCAGGAGCGAAGAAAGCAGCAGCUCGAAGGAAACUGUGCGAUUUCAGGAUCCAUAUACCACUCCCCCCUCCCCGUUUCGUUUCCCUGCUCCAAUCGUAAAGGGAAUUCUUUGUGGUGCGUUGUGGUGUGAGCGGAAAGAAAAAUGGGUCAAGCAGCAAGCCAGGAGGACGCGGAACAGGGCGGUCAAGCCGGUGGUGAAGAGGAGGACGACGAUGGAGGCAUCAUCCCGAUGCGGUCGGACCGCUUCCUGGUGACGGACAGUGACAUUGCGUGCGAGGAAGCGGCACGAUUGACAGCGGAUCAGCAGGAAGAUCCUUCGCCGGACGAUGAUGAGGGAGGGUGCGAGUACCAUGACAUGCCACCUCCACCGGACGGUGGGUACGGCUGGGUGAUCGUAUUUGCGUCGUUUAUGUGCAACAUGAUCGUGGACGGUAUCGCCUACACGUUCGGUGUGUUCCUGAACGAGUUUGUGGUAUAUUUCGGCGAAGGCAAAGGCACAGUAGCCUGGGUAGGAAGUUUGCUCAGCGGCAUGUACUUAAGUGCUGGACCGGUUGUAUCGGCCUUGGCGAACAAGUUCGGCUGCCGGGCAGUCUGUAUUGCUGGUAGUAUCAUCUCCUGUGCGGCAUUCGCGCUUAGUACACUCAGUACCUCGGUGACAAUGCUGAUGCUGACGUACGGUGUGAUGGGUGGCAUUGGGUUCGGUCUCAUUUAUCUGCCGGCGGUCGUUGCUGUGGGUUACUACUUCGAAACGAAACGUUCGUUGGCCACCGGUAUUGCCGUGUGUGGGUCCGGGUUUGGCACGUUUGCGUUUGCCCCGCUCGCCAAUAUGCUGCUGGAAAACUUUGACUGGAAGAAUGCGAACCUGAUUUUGGCAGGCUUGAUCCUAAACUGUGCUGUGUUUGGAGCGAUGAUGCGGCCGCUUACUUAUCCGAAAGAAGACAAAGUAAAACCAUUGAUGCAGCGUAUGUACGAGGAGAAACGGCUCCAGAUGGAGCGUGGCUCAAUCGGUGGUUCGUACUUUAUGGUUCAGCUGCCUGACGGCACCAUGGAAAAAAGACUGAAAGCACCACUGAACGCCGAUCCGGGCGUACACUCGAGCCUUGCGCUGGACCAACUGGCGGCCCAACAGGGCGGAAUGCAUCCGGUUGCUACCCUGCCCACAAUUUCAGAGUUUAAGACGCAGGAACAGAACGGUAGCAGCGGCUCAUCGUCCGAGUCGAGCCAGAUUGAGAUGAAGAAACCGUUGAACAAGAAGCGCAACACCAACUCGGAGUCGGAUGCAACCGACUACGGUGGGGACAAUUUGCCCCGCAAUGCCUCACAGCCUGCCUUUACCAGCCAUCAGUCGGGUAUUCCGAAGAAUGGUUCCGUACCGACGUUCGAUCGCGUCCGCAAACACUCAACUGGAGAGCGGUUCAAACCGUCGCUGGCAGCCAUCAAGGCUAGCUCGCGGGGUGAUGUCGGUAGCAACGGUGACGUACGUAAAUCCAUGCAUCUCAGACUCUCGCGCGGCUCAGUCAAUGGCAGCAAAAAUAAUAACGCUGAGGAAUUCGACGAUGCCAGCAUGUUUACCUCAAAAGCCUCACUGAAGGCGGAUCGUCCGGUUAUGGUCCGUCCGCUGUCCCGUAAGGAUAUCUUCUACUCCGGCUCCGUUACCAAUCUCAAAGAGUUCCAGUCACAAAAAUCGCUUACCAACUAUCGCAAUUCCGUCGUGUCCCUGACCAAGUUCGAGAAGGAGCAUCGUAACGAUGUGCGUGACGACGUGGAGAAAGGCCGAGAAGAACAGUACGACCUUUGCCCUUGCUUGGCGCUGCCGGAAUCCUUCAAGAAUGCGAUCGGUGCCAUGAUGGAUGUGAGUUUGCUGCGCGAUCCUGUCUUUAUGAUGAUUGGCGUUUCGAACAUCUUUGGCAUGGCUGGUCUGUACGUCCCGUUCGUGUAUCUGGUUGAUGCGGCUGUUUUAGAUGGAAUUGAACAAAAUUCUGCCUCAUUCCUUAUCUCGAUCAUUGGUAUUACGAACACGGUGGGUCGUAUUGUGUGCGGUUACGUGGCGGACUUCCCGCAAGUGGACGCCCUGUUUCUGAACAACAUCUGUCUAGUCAUCUCCACCGUAGCGGUUGCACUGACGCCCUUCUGCCACAGUUACGCGGCGUACGUAGCAAUGGCCAUCGCAUUCGGCAUUGCCAUCGCUGGUUACAUUUCACUGACGUCAAUUAUUCUGGUCGAUCUGCUGGGACUGGAUAAGCUCACGAAUGCGUUCGGACUGCUGAUUCUUUUCCGCGGUGCCGCUACGAUUGUCGGUUCACCGCUGGCCGGAGCCCUGUACGAUGCCACACAGUCAUACUCCAUACCGUUCUUCGUGGCUGGUGGACUGUUCGCCCUGUCGGCCAUUACCAGCUUUGCCGCACCAGCCAUGAAAAGAUUCCGCAAACAAUCGGAAGCACCGGUACACGUCGAGGUUUUAACUCCGAUCGACGAGGAACCGUCGGAGGAUUUGGCGGACGACGACCAACCGAUCACGAUGGUACCAAAGAUCAUUCAAACUGCCCCCAGCCCGUCCACGGAACAGCCGGUGACUUCGAACAUCACCUCCACUACCACCAUCAACAAUGAUGACCGCAAGCAACCGCAGUCGAACGGUGGCACGAAGGACACCGACAAAGAAGUGAGCCAGAUGGAAUCCGUUGUAUAACGAGCAUCCUGAUCGGUGAGGAUCGAGGUAACGAGUCUACCAAAAUAGGAUAUCGGUGACAAUAACAACACAUCGUAUGGAUGGUAUCACCUAUACCUAACGUCCACAGGAUGCUCAUCUAAACGUUGCCGAAGAACCUCAUCUUCUUCUCAUCCCAAUUACGCCCAAACUGGAUGAUAGAAUAAUGGUAGCGAUUGAACGAGAAUUUGAAUGAACGGCAGGAUGGAAGUGGGGGGAAGGAAGGGUAGGAGCGGUAGUGUGCAUGUGUGUGAGCAAGUGGCCGCUACCAACUCCAAUGUUUCAACUAGCUAGUGUUAGGCUUACCUAAUUAUACCUAAUGAAGGAAAUUUGUUUUGAUUAUGUUAUUUUUAAUUAAAACAAACGAGUUUUUAUCGUGACGUGGGCGCGUGUGAGGAAAAGGGAAGCAUAGUGUAGCACAUUGGGCGGAGAUAUGAAACAAUUUGCAGUGCAAAAACGGAGGACUAGGAACCUUAAAGAAAAACAGGAAAAACAAGCAAAAAACAAAAAAACAACAGUAAAGAAACAAAGUGAACGUAUGAAUGAUAGAAACAUAAUCGCGAACAAAGCAAAACGGAAAACAAAAAUGAAAGCGUUAAGUUUCGUAGUAAGCUUCGAAAGAUGUGAAUGAAUGUGUUAGAAUGUGUGCAAAGCAUAGCUGUAAAAACAAGAAAACAAAAAACCACAAACAAAACGAGUAUCCCGUGUAGUAUGGCGCGAAGGCGGCGGCAAGUGACUAUUUAAUUUUAACUUUCUUCUACAUGAUUUGUUUGUUUUGUUUCCGUUAUUUCCCUUUCAUAUAAUUCGUCACCAUUCUGUCACCAUUGUUGAUUUGUUACACGAACACGCUUGUACGAUGCUCGAUCGUACUUAAUUCUCAGUUAGGAUGUUUUGUUUUUUAAGUUUUUAAAGCCAUAUCCUUACUGAUUAUCUUACAUUGUUGUUAAAUUGUUGGUAGUAGUACACAGUACUUAGAAGUUGCGCUUUGUGAAACAGAUUAUGGGAGAAGAAACGUGGAAAUAAUAAGUAGCACCGAUAAUGAAGCUACAAAACUCCAGGCUCUUAAAUUGCAAGGUGUAACAAUGAUGUAACAAAUCUCUACCACCAAUUCACUUAGCCAAUAGUAGACAAGCCAUAACUAUAACAGCAGCAGCAACAGCAGACUGGAAGCGCAGUGCUUAAUGGACAGGAAGUAGAAAAAAAAAACAUGCCAGCCAACUUCUAUUUACUAAAGAAGCUCACUUACAUUCAUUCGACCACACAUACAGACAGAUAGAAACAGUUGCAGAUAUAUGCUAUACCUGCAAGAACGAACAGGAAACUUCCGGAGGGACAGAAGUUGAAAGAAAAUUUCAAACCAAACAGAACUGUCCACAUACCAUGUAAAUGCUAGCGUGAGAACUCAACAGUCCCUAAGGUAGUGUUGUGAAAUGUGUAAUAAAACGGAAAACAAAUGAGUAUUAGCUU